ACCAACGAGCGCCAACUAGUACGUCUUCAGUGCUAUACAGUGCGUUACUGUUGACCCCACGCAGCAAUGGCACUAUGCAGAUCCACAGGGUUACUUCUCAAACACAGCAGAUUAGUGCCAUCUGCAUUAGCAUCUAUAAGGCAAUGCAGUUCAGGUGGCCAGUAUCAGUACAUACUGGUUGACAAAAAAGGUGAAAAGAGGAAUGUUGGUUUCAUCCAGUUGAACAGACCGAAGGCCCUGAAUGCUCUUUGUGAUGGACUUAUGAAGGAGGUGGGCAAAGCCCUUGAUGCAUUUGAAUCUGACACUGAAGUGGGAGCAGUUGUCAUCACAGGGAGUGAAAAAGCAUUUGCAGCUGGAGCUGAUAUUAAAGAGAUGCAGAACAGAACCUUUCAAGAGUGCUAUGGUGGCAACUUCUUGGCACAUUGGAACAGAGUAUCAACAGUUAAAAAGCCUGUUAUUGCUGCUGUCAAUGGGUUUGCGCUUGGUGGAGGAUGUGAAUUUGCCAUGAUGUGUGAUAUAAUCUACGCUGGAGAGAAGGCACAGUUUGGACAGCCAGAGAUCUUGCUGGGGACAAUCCCUGGUGCUGGUGGCACUCAGAGGCUUACAAGAGCAGUUGGGAAAUCCCUCGCAAUGGAGAUGGUUCUGACAGGAGACCGAAUCUCAGCUCUGGAGGCAAAACAGUCUGGUCUGGUAAGUAAAGUAUACCCCGUGGAUCAGCUGGUUUCAGAAGCUAUCAAAUGUGGAGAGAAAAUAGCCAGCAAUUCCAAGCUUGUUUCAGCUAUGGCUAAGGAAGCUGUUAAUGCAGCAUUUGAACUGACUUUAGCUGAGGGCUGUCGACUUGAGAAAAGGUUGUUCCAUGCAACCUUUGCCACGGAGGACAGAAAAGAAGGCAUGACUGCCUUUGUUGAGAAAAGGAAGGCUGCUUUCCAGGACAACUAGAUUUCCAGUGGAAAAAAUAGGGUGAUUUUUAAACACAGUGAUAUUUAGUUUGUGAUCAAAUGCUGAUAUUAAAAUAGUCUACUUUGCUUUAACUUGUUUUACAAGUGUUUGUGGGAAGAAGAAAAAAACAAAGCUGUUUCAAAGAACAUUGCAUUAGUUGUGUUCAAGACUUAACAUGUCUGUGGUUUAGUGGGCUCACAUUUACUCAUCCCAGUAGUUUAUCUUUUCUUGUACAUUAUUCUUUGUAACAAAGUUCAAUGGAAAGGAGGUGGCAAGAACCGGCUUGACAAUAUAAAUAAUAGUUUAAUAAUAAAUUUAAACAAAAUGACACAAGCAUAAACACAUGCAGGGCAGCUGCCCAUAACUCUCUCUCUCGAACUGCCGCCUGCGGUGCCUGGGCUUGAUUAACCUGAUUAGGGGCCGGGUGUGACCCGGCCCUGCCCUCCUCCCUGCCACAUUCUUAUUGACCUCUUUUCUAAUCAAUGUAAAGAGAUUAUCAGUGCCCAUUGUUAUAAUGUGUAUCGUAAAUCCUGUUUGAAUUCUUUACGUACAAAAAGCAUAAAGGUAUCCUACAGUCUCCCUCUGCCUGGUGACCAAGGUUAUUAUGUAAAAAACUAAAUGUAAAUAAAAAAAAAUAAAAAAAAUUUUUUCUUAAACUGAAAUAAAAAUAAAAAUAAAAUAAAAAAAAUUUUCAUGGCUCUGAAAAAACUAAAAUAAAAUAAAAAUAGUCUUUUUACAGUUAACAUUUUUUUUAUUGAUUCAUAGAUACACAACACAUGUACAUCUAAUCAACAUUUAACCCCCACUAAUACCCCUCCCCAAUCACCAAACUCACGCUAACCCCCAACGAACACCCCUGUGGUCACAUAUAAUAAUAUAUACACACACACAAAAGAAAAUAUAAUAAACAUACAUAAUUAAACUAAACUUCUCUCUCCACAGCCCAUCCCCGAGAGUCCCCCAAAAAUGCUAAAUAAUUGCCCCAUUGCCUAUCAAACAAGUCCCAAAACCCCAGCCUUCUACUUGCCACCUCCUCGAAAGCAGCCACUCUUCCCAUCUCCACACACCACUCCAGAAUUGAGGGAGCUCCACCUGACUUCCAUCGCCUUAAAAUAAUUUGCCUGCUAAUCAUGAUACUGGUCAGAACCCAAUUUUUUUUAUGUGUUUAUCCCCCAAAUUUAUGACCGCCCCAUCACCCAAAAUACAGAGUCUGGGGCAAAGUCAAAAUUGAGUACCCAAAACGUCACACAAAUAUCUCUGAACCUUCAACCAAAAUUCUUGGAUCUUAACACACCCCCAAAAAACAUGGGUUGUGUCUCCAUCUUCUGAUUGGCAUCACCAGCAGGUGGGUGUGUCUUUAAGACCAAGUCUAUAGAGGGAGUCCAACAGACUCUAUGUAAGAUCUUGAAUUGCAUAAAGUGCACCCUUGCAUCUCUAGAUGUAGACUUGACAGUUUUUUGAAUCCUAGUCCACACUCCCUCCUCCAAUACCAAGUUUAAAUCUUUCUCCCAUAAUCUCUUGUGAGAAGUUGAAGCUCCGUCCCCCAGACUCUGAAUUAGCAGGGAGUAAUACACUGAUGCCUCAUGACCUUUUCCAAAAAUAAUCGUAAAAAAUAUUUCGUUUUUGUUGUUGUUGUGAUAGCGGGUUUAAAGGUUUAAAAACCUAUCACCUUAACUUGAAGAUGGCACUAUGACCUAUUGCCCUCAUUAGCAAAGACAGAGCUGGAGGGAAUCACUACAGUACAUCAUGGAGAGAACAAAGCAGGCAGAAAACUAGGGUAACCAGAAGUCGGUCCUGGUUUUACAAUGUGUGUCCCGGUGUCCUGUCAUUUCUCUAAAAAAUUUAAUAAUGUACCAGCUUCAGCUGUGAGACUGAUUUUUUUCUUUUAAUUAAAUAUCCUCAACGUCCUUGGUAUCAUGUCUGGUAUCGAUUGCAGGGGAGAGAAGAUAUUUUAUUGCAUUGCACGAUGAUUUGAUGAUACUUUCAUUCUGUCAAUCCACUCAGAAUCUAUCUGGUUACCAUGACAACGACUCACGCCCUUGGCGCUCUCUGCUGCUCUCUGUCAUCACCCAAUGCAAAUUAGAAAUGACCAAAUGAAAAUGCAUGUUCAACAAUCUGAAAAAAGCCGAUCUGUUUUAUUUGCACAACACGUGAAAAUGUAAAUUAAAUGUUUUGCUGUCACUGUAAAUGUUCACUUUCUCAUGGCCACAGUGUUAAAUAACAGAUUGAAGGUCAUAUUCAUAUUCAGUGUGGAAUUGUAUUUUAACUUAAGUUCCAAUGUUGCAAAUUGUGUGUAAAAAUGUGUUGCUGACAAAAAAUUUCAAGCACUGACAAGUCAUGUCAUUAUUACACAUGCAAUAUGACAUCAUAUGGAUAGAAUAGGCUAUAUGGAAUUUGAACAUUUUACAAAUAUCUAAAAUGUGGUUAAAAUCGUAUAAAACAAUAUAAAAUAACAUUUCACAUACUAAAAUAUGUUGUAUUGAAUUUAGGUACCUUCAGAAACAAUAUAAUAUCCAAUAAUUUAUUCUCUCUCUCUCACUCAAUCACACACACACACACACACACACACACACACACACACUCUUUUCUAAGUAUUAUUUACAAACUGUACAUUUGGGUAUCCAGCUAUAAGACCCACGUUGCACAAAUGCCUAUUUUCCCCAUUCUAUAUGUAUCACUUGAUAUAAAAUCUUAAUGUAAUGAAAAACUAAACUAUUAAAUGUUUAAACUAAAACUAACAAAGAACUAACACACUAAACUAAAUUGGAGCGAAAAAUUGAAAACGAAAUAGAAAUAAAAACUACAUUUAAAAUGUAAAACUA